AUGGCGUUGCCUCCCUUUGAGGCGACUUCUUCACAAGAAGCAGAAUGCUGCCACCUCGGACGCCCAAUCUUUGAGUCCCUCGACCACCCUGCGAUUUUCCGCUUUCGAAAGGACUAUCAGCAGCACCGUCUGGGCCAUGCAAAGGGGGCGAAGGGUGAAGUAGGGGAGGCGCUUCGGGAGGUGCAGGAGCAGCAGCAGCAGCACGGUGGUGCAGGGCAGCAGCAUCAUGCAGCACCUCGUCUACCCGAAGGGAUAUCUGAAGAAGAUGCAGAGUCUCUUCUGUCUCCUUUCGGGGCCUAUGAAGCAGACUCACCCUUUCAUAGAGACGAACAACUCCUUUUACAAAUCGCUAGGUGGCGAAUGGCUUAUCAGAGAUUCAGGACAGGAGGUGCAAGGGGAGCUGCAGGAGACCUCGAAGAAAUCGCACGGGGACUCAGUCUGAAGGCGUUGAAGCUGCUGCCAGUGGUGCAGCUUGCUGAGGUGCUCAAGAGAGACAAGCAGCCGAAAGCCCCGGAGCUGCAGCUGCCUUCACCUCAUCUACACUUCGGAGGAGGGAAGCUAGGGUUUGGCUUAGUGCUGCAGGCGAUGCUGCGAGCGCAGAUGAAGGAUUUGAUUUUGCUGCAGAGACCCUCAGAGGACUUCAAGCCGCUGCUGGAGGCCGAGAAGAGAGAGUCUGUACCUGUGUUUGUAAACGGAGAGAAAGUGUGCAGCCUUCGAGUGCCUGAGGAGGAGCGCGUGAUAUUAUAUGCAUGCGAGAACGAUCACGGGGCUGUCGCGCGACUUAAAGAGGAUUUAAAAAAUAAAUUGCUGCUGCUGCCCUGUAUGGUUGACAGAAUAUGUGCAAGCAGACAUAUCUUUAGCGACAAGAUAGAGGUGGUUGCUGAGCCUUAUGAAGGAGAGAUAGUUGUCUUAGACAGACCGGAGACAGCUCCUCCGCCUCCUUUCGGAGGAAGCAAUGUGCAUGCACCUCAGCUGCAAAAAGCAUUAGAUGCUGCAGCAGCAGAGCCUUUGCUUGCUGCACUGAGAGAGCUGUCUCUCUUAAAGGAGACAGAAAUGAAUGAGAAGCAAAGAAACAUCAUGUGGGGUUGGUUGGCUGCCCGCUGUCUCCACCUGCUCUGGGAACAUGAUAAGGAGGUCAUCAAGAGGACACACAACUUACAGACAGACGAAGAAGUUGUGGUGAUGCUGCUUGACUACGGAGUCAAAACAUUAAAGAGGUAA